AUUUUCUUCUUCGAAAAAUAAUUCAUUUAUUUUCUGUAGUUGUGAGAAUUAAUUUACAAUAAUUUUAUUGCUGUUUAUUAAUAUGUCGGUGGAUAAUAUUGAAAAGCUUUAUAAAUAUUUUGAUAUUUUGGAAUCCGCUAAAGACAAAAUUGACCAACAUGAAGCAGAGUAUUUAGCAAUUCUUGAGGCUGUCAAAGGAGAGCAGAAAGAAAAAAGGUUAGCUUCACAAUUUAUAGCUCGACUGUUUAAACAUUUUCCUAUGUAUGCUGAUAUGGCAUUGGGGGCGCAACUAAAUCUUUGUAGUGAUACUGAUGUCGCAAUUAGAAAACAAGCUACCAAAGAUCUACCUGCAUUUUGCAAAGAUAAUAAAGAGUAUACUCAAAAGGUUGCUGAUAUUUUGGCACAACUUCUACAAUCUAAAGAUUCUCUUGAGUUGAUUGUUGUCCAAAAUUCAUUACUUGCAGUUUUAAAAUCGGAUCCACAGGGUGCAUUUGCUGGGAUAUUUAAUCAAAUACUGCAUGGAGAGGAUAUAGUACGUGAACGGUGCAUCAAGUUUUUAUCAACUAAAAUAAAACAGCUUGGUAGUGAUAUUCUGACUAAAGAUAUUGAAGAUCAAUUAAUAGAAAACUGUAAAAAAGUUUUGCAGGAUGUGACAUGUGAAGAGUUUCAUACACUGAUGUCCAUUCUCUCAUCAACUCGCUUAGGUAAAGCUGUUUCUGGUCACAAGCAACUCGUAGACAUUGUUGUUGAACAAAGUGAACUCGAUGGAAACUUUGAAGUUAAUAGAGAAGAGGAUGACCACAGGGAACGACUAAUGCAAUGUCUUGCUAUUGCAAUGCCAUAUUUUUCGUCUCAAGUGGAUUCAUCUCGAUUUGUGGCAUUCAUAUGUGAUAAAGUGCUUCCUGUAUUCAAUCAGUUGACUUCAUCAAAAGAUGUUCUACUAAAUACAAGCAGCACAGAAGUACAAUUGGACUUACUCAAGGCUUUAUCAGAACUGAUGGUGCAUUGCCAUUCAUUAGAUAUUCCGGAAAAGAGAGCUCAAAGAGUAUACAACGUUUUAUUGGAUUACAUGCCAAUACCUCCUGACUGUGAUACAACUACAGAGUCUCCAUCUUUGCAAUUUUCACAUGUUGAAUGUUUGCUUUACACAUAUCAUUCUUUAAUGAGAAUGGCUUCUAAAACUACUGCUGUCAUUGAAGAAUCUAUGCAAGGAGAAGCAUUGAAAGAUUUUAGAGUGCGAUUACAAUAUUUUGCCAGAGGAGUGCAGGCUUAUAUUAAAAUAUUGAAGGAUGCUCUUAAGGGAAAAACGGAUGCAGAACUAAAAAGUGAAGAGAAUCAAUUGAAAGUGGCGGCAUUAAGGACUACUUCAAAUAUCAACAUUUUAAUAAAAGAUUUAUUUCAUACACCACCUAGUUACAAAAGUCAAAUUACUUUGUCUUGGAUUUUACCUGGUUCAAAAAGACAAAGAAUAGUUGAACCUGAAUAUAAUACUAUUAAAAGUUCCAAUUUCAAGAGGCAUACACCAAUUACAUUUGAAUCUUCACCAAUAAAAAGAACACGUAAUGUUGCAUCAUCUGAAAGUAGACGACAAGGUUCUGCUUAUGCUAAUGGACAGAAAAUGUAUAUACCACCAUCUGGAAAAUAUAGCACAAAGGUUACUAGCUAUGUGCCUUCAAAUUCAUUCCGAGGACGCGGAGGACGUGGGAAUAAGCCAUUCGAAAUCGCAAUAUUCUUUCAGAUCGACCUUCAGUAGUUCUUUUUAGAAUACUUACUCUGAUAUGAAACAAUAUGGCGCCAAAGCUCCAUUUGAAGAUUUUAGAAAAUAAGCAAUUUUAAUGGUUCAACUAAAUUCUCUAAUUGCCACAAAGAUUUUUAUGAAAGAUAUUAAUUUGAGAAUGUGAUAUAAAGCAAAUUUUAAGUGAAUGCAAUUGAGUGGAUACAAUAACUUAAUAAGGAUUGACUAGCUUAUUGAUUAUUCAAAUAAUGCAACAUGAAGACUUGACAAAGUUCAGUUUAUUUUGGACAAUUAUGUGAAAAAAGUAUAUGAAGAUUAUUUACAUACUUUUGUUUUUACACAACCAGAUGAGAGGAUGUAAUGGGUUUGCAUCUUUUUGAAGAGAAUAAUCAAAUAUGAAAAGUUUGAAAACUUAUGCACAGAAGAUGCAAAGUAAUUACAGGUGUUUGCAGAUGACAUAUAAUCUUUGCAUGUCCACUAAAGAAAAGCAGAUGUGGCACUAAGUUUUUAUACAUUUUGCAAUGUCAAAAUUUUGUGUGUUAACAUUUAUUCUCUUGUACAGAUGUAUUUACUUCGAGUUUUCAACU